AAGUCCUGUGAAGUUGCACACUACAUGGUGGAAGUUGGUCAUCGAUUACCUGGUGUAGUUUGUGAUAUAAUUUGAGAAAAAGAAAUGGAUGAUUAUGAUUACCGUGACACAAACGUGCCAGUUCAACCCGUUGUACCAGGGCUCAGGCCCAUGGUCGAUCCCGAAGCUGAAGGAGAAGUGGAUCCGACCAGAUAUCCUGAACCUAAAGACGCAACCCACAAAAUCCGCGGCAAGUCAGACGUUUUGGAAGCAAUCUUCGGUUCCGUGGACCAAGAACUUCUAGUCGUUAAGACAUUUUACUUUUUCUUUUAUUCGGCUUUUGGUUCGCUUUUUCCUCUUAUGGGUGUCUAUUUCAAACAAAUGGGAAUGAAUGCCACCCAAUGCGGUUUUCUGGUCGGUUGCAGACCAUUCGUUGAAUUUCUAUCUGCACCAUUUUGGGGUACUUUGGCUGACAGGUGGCGAAAAGGUAAAUUGUUGUUGUUGGCAUCUCUUUCUGCAUGGAUCUUGUUCACCGUCCCGUUGGGUUCAAUCGUACCUGCAGCUACUAAUUGUAUAGAAUAUAAAAACAACACUCCUCGACUAAGUUCUUUGAAAGUGUCCAAACUCAUUUCAAAGAGGUCUGUGGAAUUUGAGCCAUUAAUAAGUUUAAGGGAUGAUGUCUAUGAUGCCCCUGCAUUUACUCGAAAUAUUCGUUCGGAACCCCCUUUUGAUAGAGCUGGACAAUCCCCCAUAUCAGUAUCUUACGCUGUUAAUUACAAAGACAAAGACGCUGGCCUUGUUCAACCGAUUAUUUCAUCCAUCGUUUAUCACAUCGACGAUAUUCAGAAAACGUUCUUCCUUAUGAUGUUGCUUGUUAUCAUCGGGGAAUUCUUUAGUGCACCUGCUAUCACAUUGGCAGAUUCGGCCGUUAUAACCCUUCUAGGCGAGGAUGCUGAUAGAUAUGGUCACCAAAGGAUGUUUGGAUCGUUGGGAUGGGGUCUUGCCAUGUUUUUUGUUGGUAUAGCCCUGGAUCAUUCGACAGCAUUCCCUAAUCACCCCUGUGAACCGGAAAAGAAAGAGAAGAACUACACCAUCUGUUUUGCUACGUUUUCUGUUCUAAUGGGAGCUGCUCUCAUAUGUGCAACUCAGAUCAAUUUCAAGUACGAAGACAUUCCCGAAGAACCCAAAGAAAAACCUGAACCUCAAAUGACAUACGAGGAUAAAAUGCAAGCCCAAUUGGCAGAACAACUAAAUUUACCUACGCUGGCAGAAAAUACUGGGAGAAUUGAUUUACAACCUCCACCUGAAGAUAAGAGCAAAAUUUUUGCACAAACGACUCGAGAAAUACCAGAAUGGGUCGUCGUUCUUCAGCAAUUUAAAAAUAUCAAAUGUGCUUCCUUCCUGUUCAUUGCUUGGUGGAUGGGUUUUGGAAUCGGCUUGAUAUUUACAUUUCUCUUUUGGCAUUUGCAAGACUUUGGUGGUUCGCCAACACUUUUUGGCGUUGCUUCGGUGAUCAAUCACGUUUCGGAAAUAUUUGCCUACUUUUUCAGCUUCAGACUUAUUAGGCAAAUAGGACAUGUUAAAGUACUUUGUUUAGGACUAGUGGGAAACACUUUGAGAUUUCUUUACAUCUCCUGGCUGACUAACCCUUGGUGGGUUUUACCAUUUGAGUUCAUGCAAGGCAUAACCCAUGCUGCAGUUUGGGCUGCAUGUUGCUCUUACAUUGCUCACAAUACACCUCAGCAUAUGCGUACUUCCGCCCAAGGCGUGCUCCAAGGCUUACAUCAUGGUUUAGGCAGAGGUUGUGGCGCAGUCAUCGGGGGAAUAUUCGUCAACAGCUUCGGUUCCACCAUUACAUUCAGGGGAUAUGGAGUUCUUUGUUUGUUUGUGCUUGGAGGCUUCGUUUUCAUCAACUUCUAUCGCGUCGAUCAAGGCUUCAUAAGUGACUUGCCUCAAACUGAAGAUCCUCGGCAAGUAGCUGAAGAAACGUCGCACCUUGCACCACAUGGAGUGCCUAGUAACCCCAUACCUCGAGCCUUGUCGAGUACGAAACUCAACGAGCUUUCCCAAGACGGGUAUGGGACUACAUAUCAGACUGGCUAUGGAGGUACUUUAGGUGUCCCCGGUGCCCCAUCGAAUCCGUUCGCUCAACCUGGAGGUGGCAGCAUACAACAGUAUUCCACCACGAAUGAAAAAUUGGAAGGAGUGCCCUUCAAAUGUAGAUAUACUCCGUCACCUUUUAGUACUUUACAGAAACAGCAGCCCUUGACAACUGCGUCUUCUAGUUAUGAUUGGUAAAGGAUCGAGCAGGUUUAAAAUCCUCUUUUUUAGUGUGCUUAAGUUUAAUAUGUUAACAAAUAUAUAAUUUCUUCACAAAAAACGACAGCAAAUUAUUACGAUAUGACGAAGAUGUAAAUAAUGAAUGAAGCUCGGUUUGAUUGUUUUGUAAUAUAAUAGUUUAAGAUAGUUGAAUUGCUAACAUUUUUAAUGAGACUUGAAGGUUUCUAUUUUACUCAUACAAUUAACCUAACGGAAAAUAAUAAUUUUUAUUACAAAUAUAACAUACUUGUAUACUUAGAAACACAUCGAUAAACAUUAAAAUAGGCUUUGAUAGAAUAUUUACGCCACUGCGCAUGCUCUAGAAUGACGUCAGAGCCGAUGCCAGGCGUUCGACGAUCACAGACGGUAAAAGGUCAAACGCCUAAUUGUAUUUGUGUCUCGUCACUUGAUAUAGCGUAAACCAUAGGUAUAUAAGUAUGAUUAUACAUACAUAGGUAUAUACUUUGGUACCUACAAAUUACUUUACAAUUAAUUAACUAAAAGUAUUACUAGUACUAGCCAACGCUUAUAAAUGGUAAUUGUUUUGUUAUAAAAACAAUCCAUAAAGAUUUGUUUUACAAAUCAAAUGUCGUUAAAAUUUUUCAAGUAUCUAACUAUUAUCGAAGUAUCACAAGUUAGAAUAGGGCACACAAUCACUCAUACGUCUAAGUGUUAUAUGAAGGAUUAAAAUUAAUUGUCUUGUUUAAGUUUAUGAAAAACGCAAUAAGUAGUUUUCGUUUAUUUGUGUAGUUUAUAACAACUUUUUUACAUAGACUAUUCAAUUCAGAAAUUUGUUAUGCGUGUUUUAAAUAACUAGGAAGAAUUGCUUUAUUUCCUGAGUUUAGGAUGAUUAAACGUUUAGUUUUGCACACCUCUGGGAAAAAACUGUUGUCUGCAUUAGUAAAAAUUAGCUUAAUCUAAAAUUAUAUCGUGUACACAUAAAUUACCAGAUAUAAGAUUUGAAUGAUUAUUGCAAAUGUUUGUAUACAGGGUGCACCGAAAAUUUCCUAGCUGCUACUUCUAUUAGGAAUAAUACUUCCUCACAAAGGUACCUACACAAUGUUUAUAAUUUUAAGUAACUUAGGAAUCGAUACUUUCUCGAUAUUUUGCUGUGGGACAACCUGUAUUUAUCAAACACUUGUUGCAUUAUACAGUAAACUAGGCUUGCAAUUUUUGUGGUUGAUAUUUUUAUAUGUAAAAGUAACAACACUUGGCAUAAUUUUGCUGCUCUUUAUAUACAUUUCACCAUAUCAGACCAUCUUCAGGAGUGUUACUGAAAAGCUGUGAAACCAUUCCAAGUUUUUCUAUUUUUGCAUAUAUUUUUGUAGAGUUUCACUGACAAUGAGUUAAUGGCUUCGUUAUUUAAAAGUAUUAAUGUUUAUAUUAAUUUGCGACAUUUGUUACGAUAUCAUUUCUACAUAUGUAUUAUUAAUAAAGUUGCAUGAAUAGGUGUUGUAAAGCAUUUUAUGUUUUAUUAAAACACAUUAUUGCAGUCAAGCAUUACUUUUUUAAUAAUAUUUAGUAUUUACGACUUUGGGUAAGUAUUUUAAGCAUGAAUCUAUUUAUUUUUGGUAAAGGUCUAGA